AUGGAGGAGUCGCAGGUCUCCUUCGCCAGCGCGGCCAGCAUAUGCUUCCAACGAUGCGUCAGCCGGGCCGCCCUCGUAGAAGACCGACCAGUCAGAGAGCCCGCCUCAGCACCACGAUCGCCUUUCCGUGAGCGCCUCCCCGAUAGAGGACGAGACUACAGUCGCGAGCGAGAGCGGUCGCCUCCACGUAGACGCGACAGUCCUCCGACAGGACCGCGCGGAGAUAGAGACUUCGCGCCUCCUACUGGGCCAUCGUCGUCUUCGUACCGCAACGGCGACAGCAGCUUUGCCAGAGCCCCACCAACAGGACCUUCCAGCAGGAGCUAUCCCUCCCCUGCGAUAUCCCCUCCAGUUGGACCUUCGAGCUUGACACCACAGGCUCCCUCCUUUCCCCGGGGCAAUAACCCUGUUCUAGCAGCGCCGACACGACCGCGUGGUGGUGGCCGCGGUGGCUUUGGAGGAUAUGAAGGACGAGGAGACUUUUCGGGGCCUUCUUCCCGACGAGGAUCUUGGGGCGCAGGACCACGAGGUGGAGGUUACUACGGUGGUGCGCCAUCCGGUCCGCGUGGUUCCAGCAGCGGACCUAGCGGAGCAGCACCCUUUGCUCCCUCAUUCCGCGGAUCUAACAACUCUACUGCUACAACCUACCCCCGUACGAUGCGCUUCCGAGAUCAUCUCUCCGACCUCCCCAAGGAGAUCCCUGGUGGCCAAAGAGCACCCGAGUUGUACGACAAGAGCAAGAUUCUGAAGCUUGAAGCCGAGGCGCAGAAGUUGAGAGAGAUGAUUGAUAAGAAGGAAGAUGCGAAGAGGCAGAAACUCAGGGAGUGGGACAGUCUUGAACGCGAGGCGGAUACGGCUCAGCUGAGGGUUGACCUUGCAGAGGGUUCACUACGAAGCAUAAACGGCGAGGCGGAUGUCAGCGAUGCCUUCUAG